CUCUCUCUCUCUCUCUCUCUCUCACACGCACACACGCACACACUCAAAUACUCCUACACCAUAUAGGUCUCUCUCUUUUUCUUUCAAUUUGGUUUAUCGUGGUAUGCAAAGCUAGUGUUGAAAUUCUAUUUCUUUGAUUAGUUUACGUCGAUUCUCGCAAAUUGCCGCCUUGAAAGAUUUAGGGGUAAAAAUACCAAUUAACAAUAGAAAAUAAGAAGACUUGAUGGAGGUAUAAUGCAUUUAGAUGUGUUUGUAGUAUAUUGAUUCUGAAUCUUUGCAGCGGAUAGAGGUGGUGUUAGAGCUAAAAGAUGCGGACGAUUGGGUUUAUAGAGGGGAAGGAGCUGCCAAUCUUAUUCUUGCUUACUCCGGAUCCUCUCCUACGUUUGUUGGAAUGGUACUACGCAUACAAAAUGCUCCUAGGAUUGAAUCUCCCAGAAACGGAUAUGAUAGCGAGGAUAGUCAUUCAGCUCUGAUGAAUGAUGAGUGCCUUCUGUGGAGAGAAACUGAAGACCUUGUAUUAGCACCAACCAGGGAAAUAGCCGAGCAACUAUUCGUGUCUUUUUGUCCAAGGAAUUUCUGGAGGUGGCUGAAAAGAAUAUCCUUUCUCAGCAUCCUUCUCGGGGAGUUGAUGCUGCCAUGGUCAACACUAUGUGAUUUUGCGCUUCUUGUGUCCGAUCAUUCAGUUUUUCCUUAUGCCAAAAUGUGGAAUUCUUCCAGUUUCAAGAUUUAUAUCGGAAGAAAGUGACAUAAAAAAGUGUGUAACUCGUUUUGAAAUGCACCAGCCAUUAAAAUUGCAUCGGAGAGGUAUUUUUGUUGCUAUAAUUUCUUAUUUCGUUUUGUCUUGGGUGAAGCUAGAAUGGGAGUGAUCUCUCAAUUCAAGAUCAUAGCUAAAUCGGCAUUCAUGCUGCCAUGGAUACCAGCGGUUGAAUUGGGAAUCCAUUGUGUCCUUGAUUUUAUCCAAGAAUAUGAUGCAA